AUGGGGUCUAUCAAAAAGAUUUUAUCACCCCAACCGCAUUAUUUGUCCGGAUACGCUGGAUAUGUUCCAGGCUACAAAUUUCACUAUGGUCAGAGUUAUGGAAAAUUAACUCACGAUUUGUUUUUUGACGAAACAAUAAAUCGAUCUAACAUACCAGUACUGAGUGACCUUACUAACGUACACGAUGAUAAGUUUUGUACUCUUGAAGAAAAGGACUCUAUAAAUAAGCGAUGUGAAACUAGAAGUUGCAAAUAUACUACUGAUAUGAUACCUGGCUAUGCCGGAUAUAUACCUCAAUAUAACUUCUUAUGUGGAAACAAAUUUAGUGUAGACGCAACUCUGGGAAUUAACAAUUUUGUUAAAAUACAAAAUUCAUGUUUGUGUCCACAAUGUGAAGAGUCUCAAGGAUAUUCUAAAAAAUUUGAUAAGAAGAUUAAAGAUGUCAAUAAUUAUAAACAGCCGUUCCAAAAGAACUUUGAAGGUGUGAAAUUAUUCAAAAAACAAUACGAACCAACCUUGACAGUUCCACCUAGCGAAACACCUUAUUUUUUGGAAAACACCAAUCCUCACAAAAAAUUUAUGGCUGGUUACGCAGGACAUGUACCAAGUUUAUUAUUUCAAUUCGGCCAGUCAUAUACUCCUGCCACAAAUGAAGCGCUAAACAUAUUUACUGACCAGUAUGAUAAACACAAAUUAAGUUCUAUAUAG